AUGAGACCCGGAGAGGAGCGGCCGGUGGAAGGGGGUGCCUGCGCCAGCGUCUCCGAUCUGGAGCUGCUGAAGCUGCGCGCUGCGGAGUGCAUCGACGCGGCGGCCGAGCGCCUGGGGGCCCUGAGCCGCGCCAUCUGGAGCGAGCCCGAGCUGGCCUACGAAGAGCAUCAGGCCCACGGCGUGCUGACGCGCUUCUUCCAGAGCGAGACCCCGGCCGGGUCGUGGGCGGUGCAGCCGCACUACCAGCUGGCCACGGCCUUCCGCGCCGAGUGGGGGUCGCCGGGGGGCUGGGCGGCGCCGCGCCCGCUGCACCUGGGCUUUCUCUGCGAGUAUGACGCUCUGCCCGGCAUCGGGCACGCCUGCGGCCACAACCUGAUCGCCGAGGUCGGGGCGGCGGCCGCCCUGGGCGUCAAGGGGGCCCUGGAGAGCCUCGCCGGACUGCCUCUGCCGGUGAAGGUGAUUGUCCUGGGAACCCCUGCAGAAGAAGAUGGUGGUGGCAAAAUUGAUUUAAUUGAAGCCGGGGCUUUCAAAAAUCUUGAUGUUGUUUUUAUGGCCCAUCCAUCUCAAGAGAAUGCCGCUUAUCUACCUGACGUUGCUGAACAUGAUGUGACUGUGAAGUACUACGGUAAGGCGUCUCACGCUGCCGCUUAUCCCUGGGAAGGGCUGAAUGCAUUAGAUGCUGCCGUCCUCGCUUACAACAAUCUGUCUGUGUUAAGACAGCAACUGAAGCCCGCCUGGAGAGUUCAUGGUAUAAUAAAAAAUGGUGGUGUAAAACCCAAUAUCAUCCCCUCUUACUCUGAGUUAAUCUAUUACUUCCGUGCACCCUCAAUGAAAGAGCUUCCAGUUCUGACCAAAAAGGCAGAAGACUGCUUCAGAGCUGCAGCUUUGGCCACGGGCUGCACAGUGGAAAUUGACGGUGGAGCACAUGAUUAUUACAAUGUUCUUCCCAAUAAGAGUCUGUGGAAAGCUUAUGUUGAAAACGGAAAACAGCUAGGAAUAGACUUCAUUUCAGAAGAUGCUAUGUUCAGUGGCCCUUCAGGAUCUACCGAUUUUGGGAAUGUUUCUUUUGUGGUUCCCGGGAUUCAUCCGUAUUUUUACAUUGGAUCUAAUGCCUUGAAUCAUACAGAACAGUACACUGAAGCUGCAGGAUCACAGGAAGCUCAGUUCUACACUUUGAGAACAGCCAAAGCUCUGGCAAUGACUGCACUGGAUGUUAUCUUUAAACCAGAGUUGCUGGAAAGAAUCAGAGAGGACUUCAGACUGAAACUUCAAGAAGAAGAGUUUUAA